UUCACUGUCAGUUAGUGUGCGGUGACAGACAACCAUCGGUGAGCCGACAAUCCAGCUCUGAGUGUAAACUAUGGAAGAGAUUAACAACAUUGAAGUCACUCCGUGCACAGAGUCCGACUACCUGAAGCCGCUCAGGGUGCACUACAACCAGAAUGGCACAAAGAAAUCCUGGGACUUCAUGCGAACCCAUGAUAGUGUAUCAGUGCUGAUCUUCAACACCAGCUCACACUGUUUUGUCCUCGUCAAGCAGUUCCGUCCAGCUGUAUACAUGUGUGAGUGGGAAAGGACCAAGAUACAGCCGCCUCAGUCUGCUGAAAAAAGUGAGGAGGGCGCCACCGAAGCUGCCGCCCCCGCCCCCGAGUCGCAGGAGGGCCAGUCGGCCUCAGAGGGGGAGAGCUCUUCUCAGUGGCCCCCGGCCUCGGCGGGGGUCACCUACGAGCUCUGCGCCGGGCUGGUGGACAAACCUGACCUAUCUCUGGAGGAGAUCGCCCGGCAGGAGGUGCUGGAGGAGUGCGGCUAUGAUGUGCCUGCCUCUAAACUGAAGAGGAUUACUUCCUACAGGUCAGGCGUAGGUGUAACGGGGUCCAAGCAGACCAUGUUUUACGCCGAGGUGUCUGACGACAACUGCGUGAGCGCAGGCGGAGGUGAGCCACGGGAGGGAGAGCUUAUCGAGGUGAUCAAAGUCCCGCUGCACGAGGCCAUGACGUUUGCUUACGACGAGCGUAUACCCAAAACCAUGGGUGUCAUUUUUAGUUUCAUCUGGUUCCAUAAUAACAUGUCUCCCAAGUACAAGAUCUCCACCAAUGUGUAACUAGUAUUAAACAAACCCUCUUUAUACCAUGUAUUCCAAAUUAAAUCAAACACUGGUCCCAGCACAUCCACUCCUCCCCUCAUGGCUCUUCAUCCUGUAUUGCCUUUUUUGCUUAUUGGUACAUGAUGAAAGGUGGGCCCCUUGUCUUGUUGCCAACGGGUAUCUUUAAGUUUUGUCCUGUUUACCUUUUUGAGUUUCAUGUGGUCUUAAUAUUUUUCCUAAAAACUAAUUUGCCAUAGCUGGUUGUCGCUGGCACAUUUUUCUCUUCUUGAUACUUUUUUUUUUAAAGUCUGUUGAUUUUAUUUAUUGUGCCAUCUGUUAUAAAUGGCUGCAUAUCACUGAUUUCAUUUGCCUGCCCUUGAUUAAAGGAAUACUCCACUGUUUUUAGUGUAGGCUCUUGAAUGUCACCAGCAUUUAUAAAAUACAAAAAAGUAUUUCAAACACAUCUGAUAUUGGCUGAGAAAGAGCCACUUAACACUCUGCCGACAGUCAAAUUCCAGCUUGUUUCAAGGAUUCUUAAACACCCAACAUUCAUUACAAACUCGGUGAUGCUAACCAGCCAUGUGCCCUUGGUUAGCCUUGGUUUGCUAACAUUUUAGCAUGCUAAAGUAAAUAUUUUUUGGGGAUUCUUGCAGCCUGAAAUGCCUGAUUUCACAGUACCUUUUCUAACAAAAAUUGUGAUGCAUGUCGCAAUGUUUAAUGUUUAUUUUUGCGAUGAAUUGCAGAGGCAGGUAAAAUUCUAAAAAUAGUUGCGAUACUGUCUCAGAUUUAGAGCCUAUGAGCAUUCAGUGGUUCCCACAGAUCAGCUGAUGCAGCCGUCCAACGCGGCGUUGAAGGACUGUCGUAGUGAGCUGGUCUCCUGCUCUCUCUGCCCAGCUAACACGAGCUAACAAAGCAGCAUCUAACAUCCAACACCAAGCCGUAAAAGAGUCCCAGCAAUCUUAGACCAACACCAAAAUAGCUUGACUCUGUCAUUAAACCCGUUAAAAAAAAGGUAACUAUAAUGUCUGCCAUGUGAUGCUAAUGUUAGCCCUGUCACUGUGUGUCUGUUACCCACAACCCAGGCACAGAGCUCACACUCCUGCAGCAGCAGUCUGAUGAUAAAUAGAGAGUAAGAGACAGUAGGGAAAUGGGGCAAGGAGACGCUGAGCGACUCAAUAUGCUUUGCAGCUCUAAAAUGAGAUUUUAUGCAUUUUAAAUACUUAAUUUGCAGUAAAUUUGCUGUGAUUGGAUGAGGUUGCAAACUGGAGCAGAAUUCAUGGGGAUUGGCUGAGAUUGCAACAUCCUGGAGGGCCUGAUAUAUGCAUUGGAGUUCAUGCAAACUUUUCUACUUGCCUGACAAAGUAUGCUAGCGUAAUUUUCCAUCUAUUAUAAACAAUAUACGUUACAUUAACAAUGGCGACAAUUUUUUGUAUCCGUCAUGGCUUGAACCAUUAAAGUUAUCGAGAUAAAUUAAAAAAAACAGUGGAGUAUUCCUUUAAUCCAUGAUCCAGUAAUGCAAAAACUAUGCUAGUCAAUGGUGGGGCCUUGUAAUGAUUGAGGUGUGAGGUGUGUUUUAACCACCACUUGUUCAAGCAUGCCUCAAUUAAUUUCUCUGAUCCACAGCCUUUAAGCAAUACUUAUCAUAGUACCCCAGGCUAAACAAUCACUCAGUCACUGAAAGCAACUCUGCUUGAAAAUCUUCAUAAAGUCAAACCAGUGGACAUAUUAACAGGCUUUUUUUCUUCUACAAAAAAGUGGAAAUGUGAGUUAGGUGUUCACAUCACAGACAAAGCAUACAUCUACCUUCCCCUGCACAGAGGGCCUAAUCUCAGUUUUAGGUGUUUUCAAGCACAAUCCUGCUCUGAGUUACAGAUACUUGGGCUCUAACAUGUCAGUGAAUAGCUUCGAUUUAGCUUUUGUUUUGAAGGAAGUCUUUUUACUCUGUUGCAUGUUUUGUUCCUGAGAUAAAGACACACUGGAAAUACAGUAGAGAAGACUGUAUAAAGGCUAAAUCCUCUAUUUUUUAUCAGUUUCAUCGCAAUCAAAUUCAUCUCUAGAGAGUUCACUUUAUACCCGGCAUGUCAAGAUUACAUUUUGAACACACUGAUGCGGGUGUCGGAGCAUAUUUAAAAUGACAUGAACCAUCUAAAAGAUUGCCUUUGGUCAUAAUCCAUUUCGGAGUGAAUCUGUGAAGUAAACUUUGGAUAGUCAUUAACACACAAAUCUAAUCUCACAAACAGUAGUUUGCCAAAAUCUCAGGUCCAAAUAGUCAAACGUUCGGUCAGGUUCAGGGUGGAUCUCUGAAUGUGACGAUGACCAGCAUUUUAUUAUAUUUCAAAAUCACUUGGAGCUUAGAGGCAACAAGGUUCUUACUAUGUGUUAGUAUUUUUCUUCAUUCUAAAAGGGCUGGUAAUUCAUAUAUUAACUAACGUGUGAAAAAGAAGAAAUUCCCCCACCUUGUAGUUUCCUUAAAAAUAUGCAAGUCCUGCAAAGACAAUAGUGUUUUUAGAAAAUUACUGCUCACUUAAAAAAAAGACAACACAUCUCAUGAUUUAUAUAGUUAGAUAACAAGAGAACUACGCCUUUGUUUGUAGUUUGGAGGGUGGAAAACAUGACAAGAUGAAGUGACUGAAAUUUAACGGUUAUUUUAAAAAAAAAGACCUGCCUGAAUAACUUGGUGGUUUUGUUGACUACAAAAUGAAAUUACAAAUUACUGUGAGUUAGUUAUUUGUAAGAGUUUUAAGUGCAAUGUUAAUAACAUGUUGAACAUACUGACGGUGUUAAAGUAAAAUCAAACAAACACAAAAAAUAAAUGUGAAAACGAAGAAAUACUCCAGUGAAUAUGAUCAUCAAUCCAGGAUUUAUUUUUGUUCUUUUGGGUUUUUUGAACCCGAAGAACAGCUGACAAUCAAAUGUGAACAUUUGUCUUCUUUUACCCAUAAAACCUUGUGAUUUUUGUCUUUUUUUAAUUUAUCUGUUAGGCGUGUGUACUUCAGCAUCAGUUUCAGGCAUCUCACGGUUAUCUGGUGCCGCUUAAGCUCUAAAUGCAUCGUUUUUAUCUGCACAAACAAAGUGAAGAGAAUUUGAUUCAAGCAAACUUAGUAUGCACCACACAGUGAGUCAAAUAUUUACACCCAGACUGUGUAGGAAUAUAUGCAGAACCCUGAAGCCAUAUUUAUCUCCCCCUACGCCCAGUCAUUGAGCUUCUUAAUCCUUGGGUCCAUCCAAGAUCAUCCCUUGAUGUAGGAUUGUACGGUUUGCUCAAACUGCUUGAAUUCUUUUGAUUUCGUUGAUUUUUAUAUUGGAAAAAGAAAGAUAACUCUCAUUUGCUCAAUUCAAAUCCCAAAUUUCAAACAUAUAAAAAUACAGGAUGUAUCUAUUUUAACAAGUUUGGAAAAAUGUGGAAAGCACCUUUGGAAAACCAUGGAAUGACCACUGGACAACUUGUUAGUGUUACGUGUAGCGUGGGCUAAAAGCUUGGGUUGUAGUGCAGGGCUUUUUAACAAUAUUUUCUUCUCUAUAUUUUACAUUGUGAUAACCAGCCACCAUAAUAUCCUGAAAUAAGUUUCUUAUCAUUUAGAUUUUAGAAAGCUAUCUGGCACCUUAUCCUCAUUAGAUCCCUCACCCUUCUUAUUUCCUCCAUUGUCUUCCAUGUGACAUUGACAACGUGUACCUGCAUAAAUAUUCCGGGUCUUUGCCCUUUUUCCAAAAAUGACAAUAUACCUACUAAACUGUUUUCAUGACUAAAGAAAAUUAAUAGUCCACUAAUAUUCCCUUUCACAUGCAGUUGCACACACUCCGAUUAACGUGCCGUAGCAUGUUGUUCGUUACAUCAAAAUAUGGAAAAAUGGAUAAGCCGUCUUUUAUUCCAUCAACCACCUUCUUGAAACAGGCGGUGUUGCAAUAUUUGCGCAUAUCCAAAAACCUGUUGAAAUCUAAGUCUUUAAUAAUGUUUAGUGUUUCUCCCUCUGACCAGAAAUGUGGGCUUUACUUCUGGGCAUGCACCUAUACCCAACAGUCGUGCAAACUGUUGGCGAGUUGGUUUGCCCACAGCAUAUCCAUGAUAACCCAUAGAGCUGCCGAGAAACAGGCGAGAGGCCGUGUGUCGCAAACUUCAGUAAAAACCCCAGUUGAGAUGCAUAUUAUGAAUCUGUCAUGCCAGCUGACAUUGGGCAAGAGGCGGGGUACAUCCUUGACAGGUCACCAGACUGUUGCAGACAACCAUUCACGCCCACGUUCACACCUGCGGCCAUAGGGUUUAGGUUUAGGGUCACCAGUUAACCUAACUUGCAUGUCUUUGGAUUGUGGGAGGAAGUUGAAGUACCCAGAGACCCACUCCGGAGUACCCACAGAAGGGCUCCCCCACCCUGUGUUUGAACCCUCCACUCUGGGUUCGAACCAGGAACCCUCUUGCUGUGAGGUGACAAUGCUAACCACAGCACCACCAUGCCGCUCACUGGAAUACUACCAGCAUAUUCCACAGGAAAUCUUCAUUUGGAAAAAGGCCUAGUUCGGAAAACUGGAAUAUGCUGUUUACAUGACCGGUAUCAAAUUCAGAAUAUUGUCGUUUUCGGAAUAAUAGAGGAGUCUUAGUGUUCACGUAAACAGGGUCAAUCUUUUCUUAAGUCUUCAGUUGAAUAAGGUCUAAAUGGAUCUGUCAACACUUGUCAAGUUUAAUGGAGAACCUCACUGAAAGAUUUCCAAUGGUGCUCACAGUUUUCCAUCGUCUUGUUCUUGUUGAGGACGAGAUGAACACGAUAACAAUGAAAAUGUCUUGGAAUAACUCAUUACAAAACCUGUCGCCCACAUUUUAAACGGUUUAGCCAUAGUCAUUCAAAAAAACAAACAAAAAAAGAUAUUCCUCUGUGUAUUAAAAUAUCAUCUCAGUUUGCUGAAAUGAGGCCAACUUCUAUGUGACAAACAAAGCCAUUCAACUUUUAAGGCCAGUCUGUAACUUUAUGUGCCUGUCAAAUGUGGAGAACUGCCACUUUGGCUGAAAGUAUUUUUUCUUUUCAGGAAAGUAACCAUCAACACACACAAGGCUUUUCUUUGCCUUCUCCAUAGGCUUGUCACUGUGGGUGGUAUCAGCCUGCAAGCCAACACCAGUACAUAUUUCUGCACACCUUCCCUCUGGCUAUUAUCUGAAAGUCUAGUGCGUGUAUUGAACACGACUGAGGACAUACAGCAGCCUUUAAUUAUUGACAUAACAAAAGUGGCACCAACUAAAAUAGAUAGCAGCUGCAAGUGGGAGGGAUCAAGCCUAACGUCUCAAGAUGUUUGAUUUGAGCUCGAUUGUUGCAGAGAAUUCAGUUGCCAAAUGAAACACAACGAGCGUGGCAGCACUUCAGGUCCAGCUGGUUCAGCCAGCUUCUCUAUAUAGGCAGUUAAAAAAUAUGAUGGAAAAUUAUAUAGGUCUAUAUUUUCUUCUUCAGUCUGUGGAGCUAAAACUCACAAGUUGACCUGCAGUCUGUUUUAUACUUGUCACUUUUUAUUAGUUUUAUAAGCUAUUCGCUUGUAACAGGCUAUGUUUUUUUAAUCUCAUUUAUUUAAAACUUGCGUGUUUUCUGUGUAAAAUGCUAAAAUUUCAGUUUAAAGCCAAACUCCUCUGUCAUAGUGUUGACUUUAUUCUAAUUGAAGCCAUAUAAAGGUUGGUAACAUUGGUGAGUGACAGUGUUCUUGGAGGACUUAAAGGAAAAGUUUGACAUUUUCGAAAAUACCCUAAUUUCCCUUUUUGCUGAGAGUUAGAUGAGCAGAUUGAUACCACCCAUGCAUCUGUGCAAUAAAUAUGAAGCUACAGCCAGCAGCUAGCUAAUUUAGCUUAGCAUAAAGACUGUAAACAGGACUGCUAACCUGGCUCUGUCAAAAGGUAACAAAAUUUGCCUAAUGGCACCUUCAGAGCUCAGUAAAUAACACAUUGUAUCUUAACCUUUGUAGAAAGAAAUUUACAGGGGGUCAAUAGCAGGCUGUUUCUUGGCUGGGACCAGUAAUCGCUCUGGUUGCCUGUUGACUGCUCCUGAGUCAGCAAUUGUUCCAUAAACAAUCCCCGUUAGUUUUUUGUACGGAUUAAACAAAGAAACAGUGUGUUAAUUAGUGAACUUAAGCUGUUAUAUUUGGCUAGCUGUUUCCCGGUUUCCAGCAAAGAGUGUAUAAAAACAGUGGAUGUAGUCAUUAAGGCAUCUCCCAUUGAAUUGUGGGCUCUUGUUUUGAAGCCUCAAGUUUGGCAUUUUGACCAUCACCAUCUUGGAUUUUUGGAACCAGAAGCUAACCCUGGAGCUAACCCUAAUGCUAGCUGUAGAGCUAUAGAGACAUUAAAACAAAAUGUACUUACAAGGGCCAGAUUAGAUAAUAUGAAAAUACCUGGGGGCCAGCUGCUUCUCGCAUCAAUGGAAAGACAAAACAGUGAAGAGGUAAAAUAACUAUAGAGACCAAAUUGUUUUUUGUACCAGGCUGUAAACGCAUUUAUUUCUGCGCUAAAGUUGGGCACUUUAACACAGGGGUCUAUGGGGAUCAGCUUUUUUCUGUGCUUCCACGUUGGCUUCAUUUUUCAGCCCUGGAGGUUGCCACUUGGUUUCCAGUCUCUGUGCUAAGCAAAGCUAACCAGCUGCUGGCUGCAUCUUCAUCUUCAUAUUAACCUGUACAGCCAUAGGAGUUGUUUCAAUUUUCUCAUCUAACUCAAGAAAAUGUUUAACUUUUCCUUUAAGUCUCCCACCACGACAAGCCUGACCUUCCCCUCUACGACAAAAGUAAAUGCACCUUUGACAGUCCACAGUGAGGUUGCAGACUGUGCCUCUGUUAAGCCAUAUGCUACUUCUACUAAAUAAAACUCUAAUAUAUGAGGUGGGUAAAUGGUUGUAUAAUUCAUUCUUGCCUAUGCUGGAUUUUAACCAUUAGCCCAGCAUUGGACAUUUCUACCUCCAUCACUCAGGCACAUAAUGAAAAUAUUUUGUGUCCGUUUGCUUGCUUCUAAGGCGCUGACAUAUCAAAUUCUCAGCAACAAGUCAGAAACGUUAACACUCAGUGGUUCUCUGUGACAGAAUACUUAAUUCAUCGGUACCAGACUUUUAUAGACGUACCCCCAUGGCUACGCUGUAGUUGCUUCUUCAACUGUGAUCGUUUUUCUUUUUUUGUCUUCUGUUAAUGUUUUGUUUCUUACUGUGUUUUCAAUGAUCAUUAGCUGAGCAACAAUGAAUCAUGUUUUUAAAGGUGCUAUGUGUAGUAUUCUCUAAUUACUGUUAAAGUAUAACUGGGACCACGGAUGUGACAGUUCAAACAUUACCUCUGGUGAUCUACUACUAUACUCCUUUGUUUGUUGGAAAAGGCACCUUUGAUUUUUGGAUGAAGUCGGUCACGUUUGCUUCGUCAUUGGCAGACCGGUAGCUGAAUAUGCAGAAGCAACAAGGGGAAGAUAAUCAGAUUUGCUGCUAUUAAGCAGUUCAUAGUGACUUUAAAGUGUAGCACAUGUUAUUCUGUUGCGUAGUGUGAUAUUUAGUGAAAAUCCUACACAUAAUACCUUUAAGUGAAAGAAGUAUUAUGAUUUUUUUCAUGGUACAGACAUAAAGAAAUUUGUCAAAUUGUGAUUUCUUUUUCUUUUUUAUUUCUGGUGUCUUUCACUGAAUUUUUGUUUUUAAAAAAAAAUUAUUUCUGAGGAAAAAAAAGUACAAACACAAACAUUGCAGUUUCACGAAUUUAUCAUGUAUUUUAUGCUUUAUUAAAAGUGUAUACACAUUGUGGGCAGUGUUUUCAGUAACGUUUCAAUUUUGUUAAUUUAUUACCUAAAUGUUGAAAUAUUACAACUUUUAAAACAUGACACUUGGUACAAACAUACAGUAUAUAUUUAAAUAUGAUACUUUGCAUGUGCACUAACUGUGUUGGAUUAAACUGCAUUAAGUUGAAAUAAAAUGGGUUUGAUGCCCAAAAUGUC